AUGGGUGGUCUCUAUGCUCGUGGUCUCUCCUAUGUAACUAUUCAAAUUGAUGGUAUUCUCAAAUUUUCUGAUAAUAUAUUUGAAUGGCCACGUGAUCCUCAUACAAAUCAAGUUCUUAACUGUUUCUACUUUGAACAAUUGGAUCAUGUAACUUUCACGAGUUCGCAAUCUUCACCUAACAAAGGCAUCAUUGAUGGUUCGGGUCAUUUUUGGUGGGGUGUGAUUGAGUAUGUUAUCAUUCGUGGAAAUCGGCCGCAAUUAUUAUGGAUCUAUAAUUCCACUAAUCUCUUGCUCGAAAAUCUACUCUUAAAAAAUUCUCCCAAAUGGAAUUUUUAUGGUCAGGAUGUUGCCAACUUAGAAAUUCGUUACACUGAUAUAGAUGCGCACAGACAUCCAGAUAUUCACUGGCAUGAUCUAUAUGAAUUAACUGCUUUUAAUACAGAUGGAUUUGACGUGUCUGGUAAGAACAUCUGGAUUCAUGAUUGCAAUAUUUGGAAUGAUGAUGACUGUAUUGCGGUGAAACAACAAGACUCAAAUAGUAUUCAUUCGUUUUGUAGUGAAAAUAUGCUAUUUGAACGUAUUAAUGCCUCAGGUGUGGGCUUGACAAUCGGUUCUAUCGGUCCCUCUGAAGCCCAUUCAUGUGUUCGUAAUAUUACAUUUCGUAAUUGCACCAUGUAUAACACUUUUAAAGGAAUUUAUUUGAAAUCACGUCCAGGACACGAAAAAGAUACUGGUGAAAUCAGUGAUAUUCUUUAUGAAAAUAUUCAAAUUCACAAUGCUUCUCAAUGGGCAAUUUGGAUUGGACCACAACAAGCUGCAUUUAAGGGAGCUUGUUCACUUUUAUGGCCGUUUAUACCAGAAGUUGCCUGUCCUAUUCCAUCCGGUAUUACUUGGAAUAACAUUGUUUUGCGAAAUAUCACUCUGAAUGAUCCUCAACUAAGCCCUGGUGUAAUAGUUGGCAACUUAUCUAAUCCUAUGCAGAAUGUAUUGUUCGAUAAUGUGCUCGUAAACAAUCCUGGCUCCCGUCCAUGGGGCGACAAAUAUUAUGCAUGCUCUGGUGUAGAAGGAACUGCAAAAGGCAACACACAACCAUCACCUCCAUGCUUCAAACACGAACCACUUUAG